UGGACAACUCUUCAAUUGCGUAUCUAGAGAAGGACCUUCACGAGAUCAUGACAGAAGUAAAGGAAGUGAGAUCACGUGAAAUAGACAGACUAGUGCCAUUUGGGUUUAGAGCCGGGGCGAACAACCACCGACGACGCGUCCGCGCAAUUGGACAAUGCGUUGAUCGCCUUGCCCCACCAGACCCUCGAUCACGACUUAUAGCAGCCAUAUCAUCGCCAUUAAUGUAUAACUCAAGAACUCCCUCUCUCAUCACGACCAAGUCCGAAUUGUCAACAUGGGGAUCUUAGGCCAGGUCCUGUACUUUGCGGUGCAUCCCAACCAAUUAAGAUCUAUAAUAAAGUGGUUGGCAUCCCCAAGAAAUCGCUAGAGAUAUACAUGGAGGCUAAGAUAUCCAUAGGAAGAUGUGGCAUGAACCAGCUUAUUCUCGCGACCUCUCCAACGAGUCAGCGACGCUUGCGGAUUGUUUCAAAUGGCUCAAGAUGACCAGCCGGAGCUUCGCCAUGGUUGUGCAAGAACUCAAUCCCGACCUGGUUGUCCCGGUAGCCCUGUUCUAUCUGGUGCUGCGCGGACUAGACACGAUCGAGGAUGACAUGACCAUCUCUCUGGAGGAGAAGGAGCCGUUGCUGCGCAGCUUCGAGACGGUUCUUGAGAAGGAUGGCUGGACGUACGACAAGAAUGGCCCGAACGAGAAGGACCGCGAGCUUCUCGUCCACUUCAACGACGUGAUCACGGAGCUCAAGCUGAUUGACCCGAGGUACAGGGACAUCAUCAAGGACAUCACACGCAAGAUGGGAAACGGCAUGGCUGACUAUGCCAACACCAACGGCGUCAACACGAUCGAGGAGUACGAGCUAUAUUGCCACUACGUGGCAGGGCUCGUGGGAGACGGAUUGACGCGGUUCUUCGUGGACGACGGCUUCGCGAAUCCGGCUUUGAGCAAGCAGCCCGAGCUUGCGGAAUCCAUGGGCCAGUUCCUGCAGAAGACAAACAUCAUCCGCGACGUACGCGAGGACUUCGACGACCAGCGGCGCUUCUGGCCCCAGGCAAUCUGGGCGAAGCACGUGGACCAGUUCGACGAUCUCUUCGAGCGCAGACACCGCGAGGCAGCGCUCGCCUGCAGUUCGGAGAUGGUCCUGAACUCGCUGAGACAUGUGGAGGCGUGCCUCUCCUACAUGGCGGGGAUCAAGGAGCCGGGCGUCUUCACCUUCGUCGCCAUCCCCCAGGCGAUGGCCAUCGCCACGCUGGAGCUCGUCUUCCAGAACCCCCGCAUCUUCGAGGCCAGCGUGAAGAUCACGAAGGGCGACGCGGCGCGGUUGAUGAUGGAAGCGUCGCGGGACCUGCGCACCGUCUAUGCGGUCUUCAAGCGAUACGUGCGCCGGAUACGCAAGAAGAACACCCCGAGGGAUCCCAACUUCGUCGACAUCGGUAUUGCCUGUGGCAAAGUUGAGCAGUUCAUCGAAUCUGCCUAUCAUUCGCGGGAUCGAAAGGGUCUUGCUCGAUUGGCCAGGGAUGGUGGGAGUGGAGUAGUAGUCACCGACAAGGCCGAGGCUCUCGAUGGUCAGGCGAAGAGCGAUGUCUUCUACCUCCUGCUUGCCAUGUUGGGCACGCUAUUCUUCAUUUUGGCGAUCCUGGUUGGAAUUGCGUACCGCACCGGAGCGAGGUUCGAUAUGGCGACCCUUGGAGAACUCACAAAGAGAAACAUCUUUCCCGACAAGGAAAAGAUUCUGGAUACCCAACAGGGUAAUGCCAUGGGAGGUCCUCCCAUCGCUCAUGGGGAGCUAUAGUAGUUGUGCCCGUGGGUCAGAUCUGCUUACUUACCCCAACUAUUUAUUACCGAUAAACGCUCUAGCCCUUCUCCUUCGCAGAUGGGAAAUGUAAUGUUAAAAUCGGGGACG